AUGAGUAGAGAGGCUGUCAGAGCUGUGUUUGAUGCAGUAUGUACGACAAAGGGGUACACGUACACGUACGGGACUGCAGGGUUCCGGGAUAAAGCUGCAGUUCUAGAUACAGUCAUGUUUGCGACAGGGUGUGUUGCCGUGCUGCGGUCGUGGAGGCUCAAUGGGGCACAGGUCGGGGUUAUGGUCACCGCUUCGCAUAACCCACCGGAGGAUAACGGCGUGAAAGUCGUGGACCCUGAAGGUGGGAUGCUGCCCGAACAGUGGGAACCUCUUGCUACGCGGCUUGCCAACCUUGCUGCGAAUGGAACCUUUGAUCAGUGGUGGGAAUACUGGACCUCGCUUGUGGAAGAGGGCAACUACACGGGGGGGGCACGGUUAUGUGUCGGGCACGACACGCGGGAAUCGAGUCCGCGGUUGCUGAAGAAUCUCAUGGAUGCAGCAUUGGCAGUCUCUGGAGGUUCGAUUACUAUCAGCAAACCCUGGAUUACUAAUCACCCACAGUUGCACUACUUGACAAGUCUGCAACGGGACGGCGUGACAGAUGCCGCAGCGUAUAACGACCACUUCCAAGGAUGCUGGCAGAAACUGUUCCCGGAUGGUGUUGUUGCCUGGCCCUUCGACAGAUUGUUCAUCGAUACGGCCAACGGUGUAGGGGCUGUGCAGUUGCAACAGUUCUUUAAAGGGUGGGCCGUGGACCAGAAUAAGUUUAGAUUGUUGAACACAGACUACGGGACACCAGAAAACUUGAACGUAAAAUGUGGCGCCGACUUCGUCAAGACAAACCACAGACUACCAAGCGAAGUCCCCGAUCAGCGAGGCACGAGCGGCGCUCUGCCGGAUCUGUACUGCUCCUUCGACGGUGAUGCGGAUCGGAUCGUGUUCUACUUCGUCAAAAACAAACAGUUCCACCUGCUAGAUGGGGACAAAAUUUCCACCUUGUUUGCCAAAUUCAUCGGUCAGUUGACCGCACGAGCUGGUGCGGAUGAUAAGCUGACCGUCGGUGUCGUCCAGACCGCGUACGCCAACGGGAACUCCACUCGCUACAUUGCAUCAGAACUCGGCAUCCCCUCUGCCUGCACGAAGACGGGAGUCAAGCAUCUCCACCAUGUCGCGAAGACGCAGUACGAUAUUGGGAUAUACUUUGAGGCCAAUGGGCAUGGAACCGUAGUUUUCUCGGACAAGUUCAACGAGGUGGUUGCAGGGGUCGCCAGUACAAAUGACGCAGCAAGUACUUUGUACCAUUUCAGCAAACUGAUCAACCAGACUGUUGGAGACGCUAUAGCGGACAUGCUGGGUGUUCUCGCUGUCCUUAUCAAGCUGCAAUGGACCCCUGAAGUUUGGGGUGCAGAGUAUACAGAUCUUCCUAACCUCCUGACAAAAGUUGUCGUCCCAGACAGGAGCAUUUUCGAAACCACAGAUCAAGAGAGAAGACUCGUUUCACCAGAGGGUCUGCAGGAGAAGAUAGACGCCUGCGUCGGCAGAUUCAAGAGAGCAAGAAGUUUCGUGAGGGCUAGCGGUACGGAGAACGCAGUGCGGAUUUACUGUGAAGCAGAAGAUCCCCAGGAAGUACAAGAACUGUCCAAACAGGUGACAGAAGCAGUUCUAAAUAGCGUUUGA